AUGCUUUCGGUCAGCUCUGAAGAGGCAGCCUUUCUUGUCUUGAAGCUCGAUGAAAUUGCCCAAAUGACAAUUUCUGCUCUCGCGAUAUCUGCCGCGGCGAAACUCUGGUCGAUUGCCUCUCUCUUUCUCGUCAGCAUCCUCAGGAGAAUGCACAAAUAUCCCUGUCAGUCACUUCCAUGUGUUCCUGUCUGGAGUAUCGUGUACUCAACACUCUCGCCCAGAGACGAAUCGCAGCCACGCAAUAAGCAAGUGGCUAUUCAGAGCGCACAAAAAGACAGGAGGGUCUCUGGGCCCAAUAAGUAA